AUUGGGGGGUGGUGAAGGGAAGUGUAGUCAGGAAUGUUUUUCACACGCCCAUGCUGUUGUGUACCACGCUGCCACCACGGAGCCGUCAGCCCCUGAUCACGCACCGAGGCUCCCUCCUAUUGGUCGGCUCUCAACACACCUUUGCGUCCUAUUGGUGGAGGUAUUUUAAGCCACGCCCACCGUUUCCCCACCGCGCUUGAACCGAUGAACGGUGAACGAGCCUGAGGAGGAAACUAGGAAACAUCCACUUUAUCACUUUUGGUUUCAAGUGUUCACACCAGACGAAGGGACCAGCACUCAGCAGUUACAGACCCACACAGGAUAGUUGCAAAAUGGAAGUUGACUCAGAGAUCCAGGGUGACUUCCAGCCGGCUCCUUUGGGUGCAGGUGACAUGGAGGCUGUUGAGGCUCUGAUGUCCAUGACUAAGCACUGGAAGACCAGGAGCUUCAGGCUCAGACACUUCAGACCCUUGACACCAUCCUCAGACUGCUCAGAGGACGACUCUGUCCACUUUGGGUCUACUGUGCUACGGGACUCUCCUUUGUGUAUGACACCGCCAUACAGUCCACCCAACUUUGAGGCCACCCACUCACCCUCAGCAGCAACCUUACAUCAACCUGCAGCGGCUGGAAGUCCAAGCUGGCAGCCAAUAGAAGAGACUCAUCUGCACACUGCUGCUCCUCUGCAACGGUUCCAGUGCACCAGUGUGAUCCGUCACACUUCAGACGGCCAGCGCAGCUCCUGUAAUGCUCAUCCCGUCUCCAGGGAAGACAGACUUAUUACUCAAGUUCAUGCAAAAGACUUUAAAACCGAGUUGAGCUCAGAUAAUGGGCCUAACAGAGGAGAGUCUGAGGGGAGUGCUGUAACACAGUCGGACGUUAAUGCAGCCACGCCACCGAAAUCCUUUACUGUGACUUUGCCAAAUGUAGUUGAGGUCAGUCAGACCCAGAUUAGACUUUCAAACACACCUCAGGCUGUGUCCUCUGGGAUCUCUGUGCCCAUAUACUGCCAGUUUCUUCCUGUCUCUCCCUCCAUCGUCACAGCUUCUGACAGUCAGAAGCAACACCUAAUACCUAUCCCAUCAGCAACCACCACUGCACUACAACCACAAGCUGUGUCUCCCGCCCAUGUCUUCCUCCUCGGGGGUCAGGUGGCGAAAGGUCCCGUAAUGCUCCUCGUCCCCCAGCCGGCUGUCCCUACGCUCUACGUCCAGCCAGCACUGGUGACCCCUGGUGGCACCAGGCUGCCAGCCAUCGCCCCCGCGCCGGGUCGGGCCUUGCUGGAGCAAAGACAAAACCCACCGCAGCCAGAAGUGUCCCGUGUACGCAGCCACGUUUGUCGUCACGAGGACUGCAGCAAGACAUACUUCAAGAGCUCCCACCUCAAGGCCCACAUGAGGACACACACAGGUGAGAAGCCCUUCAAAUGCAAGUGGGAGGGCUGCGAGAGGCGAUUCGCUCGCUCCGACGAGCUGUCUCGCCACCGACGCACCCACACGGGAGAGAAAAGGUUUGCCUGUCCCACGUGCCACAGCUGCUUCAUGCGCAGCGACCACCUCGCCAAGCACGCCCGGCGACAUCUGGCGGAGAGGAAGACGCCCUGCUGGACGUUAAAGGUCACCCGGUCUGCUGACCUUCCACUAGUCUGUCUUCAGUAAACUCUCUGAGACAUCCCGAUGAGACAAAGUAAAAUCUGUGAAAUUAUAAUGAGUCUCAAACAGCACAGAGCGGCGUGUGGCUGCAACACCGGUCAGCUCAUAACAGUCCAACAGUUGAAGAUUGCUGCUUGGCUGUUCUUCAAUGAUUAUAGUUGAAUCAGAUCGUGGCGAUGAGACUGUUUACAGUUUACUGCAUCCCUCAAACUGAGCAUUUACGCUGAAAAUAUCUACUGUAGAUAUUAUUCUGUAAGUCCGUUUCAUAACACGUUUACAAAUGAAGGCUUCACAUGUUUACUUCUCAGUGAUAUUUGACCAAAGAAUGUUGAAUAUUUUUUUUUUUUGUGCCAUAUAGGAAUCUAUUUGUUAUAAAACAAUUUUGCACAAAGCUUAUUUCUUGCAGGGACAAUAUAAUUCUUUAUUAAACUUGAACACGUGUUUUCACAUUUUUUUUUUGGUUGCCAGAUCUGUAUUAUUGUAGUGUGUGUCCUGCCUAUUUUACAUGUAAUGGUGAAGAAUAAUUCAUGGUGUUCAAUAGCUCCUACGUGGUUCGAGAGAUUUACCUCCUCAAACUAAAUUCGUAUGCCUUUGAUCACAUUAUCCAAGAUGAUAAAUGGAUGAAGGGGACUGCACUGGUCUAUUUUGAGAUUUUGGGCUAUUUUGCUUCCAUAACAUGUCUUCUUUCAGACUAGUGGAAAGAAAACAUCCAAAAUAAACAUUUAAGUCGAUUUGCAUCUGUAAAUUCACCAAAAGUUAGCAUAAGAUAAUGCCUCAUUUGCAUUUUUAAAAACUUGUAAUACAACAAAUAUUUGUAUUAUUUGUGUAACAAAUUGCAGAAGUUUCUUGGUGAUAUAAAUUAUUUGAGUUAAA